AUGGAUAAGCAACGCUCCAUGGGAGUUAGCAAAUUAUGUAGUAACGUUGGAUACAGAAUGGAUAUUGGACUACAGUCACCUGGUGCAGCACAGAGUGGAUACCUCGAGAUUGCUGUUGAUUUCGUAUUUCACGCACCUAUGAAACUACUGCUCCUGACUAUCGCCCUGGCUAUUUGCGUGCUAAGUGUUGACGGAUGGAAUAAGAACAAACCUUCGAGCAAGAUUGAUGAACCAACAAGCGAUGACGAUUCCGACGAUAACUGCCAUUGCCCAUGCCAUCAUCAUCACUAUCAUCACCCUAAAAUGCCAGCGUUCCUGAAGAAAGUAAGUUUUGAAGCACGAUGGGAGUAUUAUGGUAUUCUACGAAACCUUUUGAUGUCAAUGAAUGAGAAGCUGAAGCGAAUCCAUGAAUGGGCGAAGAAGCAAGGUCCCGAAAUUGAGAAAGGUGUAGACGAAUACUUCAAUAAAAUUGAAGAAUACUGGAAAGAUGUCAACAAAAAUACGACAAUGAUUCUCGAGAAACUACCAGAAGUCUAUCCAAAGGUAUACGAAAUAAUGUCCGACUUGGACCUUACACCUCGAGAAAUCUACAGCAAAAUUAAAGAUCUACAUAUGGACACGAUGACAGCCCAUUCAUUGUAUGCUCUUGUGAUGGCUGUCAUUCACACUGGUGGAGCAGAUUACCCUUACCAAACGGACACCGAAAUGUUUUUCGAAAAAAUCGCUACUCCGAAGAUUCGAAAUCUUUUCUACCGCUACACUUGA